AUGCGGCGGCUGGCGGCGAGAGGCGCUGCAGGGGACGCGGGGGAAGUGGCGGCGCCGGCGGCGGACAGCACCGACUGCGCCCGGGGCCGGCACCCGAGCCCUCGGAGGUUGGUUGACUUAUGUGCAAUUUGGGACCCUGGAGUUUUCCUUCCUGCUGUGGGCUGGAAGAGAGCCUCUGGUUUUGCAAGAAGGAGGCUGAAUGAGGCAGAGACGCUGAACUCUGUCCGAGAGGCCCAGUUAGAGCUGCUGGAGGCAGCAAGACCCCGCGGGCCGGGGAGCAGGGAGCGGGGCCCAGUACUGAGGAUGGCCAGGCAGCAGCAGCCGCCGCCCUGGGUCCACGCAGCCUUCCUGCUCUGCCUCCUCAGCCUCAGCGGGGCCAUCGAGAUUCCUAUGGAUCCAAGCAUUCAGAAUGAGCUGUCCCAGCCCCCGACCAUCACCAAGCAGUCCGUGAAGGACCACAUCGUGGAUCCCCGUGAUAACAUCUUGAUUGAGUGUGAAGCAAAGGGGAACCCGGCCCCCAGCUUCCACUGGACUCGCAACAGCAGGUUCUUCAACAUCGCCAAGGACCCCCGGGUGUCAAUGAGGAGGAGAUCCGGGACCCUGGUGAUCGACUUCCGCAGUGGGGGGCGGCCCGAGGAAUAUGAAGGGGAAUACCAGUGCUUUGCCCGGAACAAAUUUGGCACGGCCCUGUCCAAUAGGAUCCGCCUGCAGGUGUCCAAAUCUCCCCUGUGGCCCAAGGAAAACCUAGACCCUGUCGUGGUUCAAGAAGGUGCUCCCUUGACCCUCCAGUGCAACCCCCCACCCGGACUUCCGUCCCCAGUCAUCUUCUGGAUGAGCAGCUCCAUGGAGCCCAUCACCCAAGACAAGCGCGUCUCCCAGGGCCACAACGGAGACCUGUAUUUCUCUAACGUGAUGUUGCAGGACAUGCAGACAGACUACAGCUGCAACGCCCGCUUCCACUUUACCCACACCAUCCAGCAGAAGAACGCGUUCACCCUCAAGGUCCUCACCAACAACCCCUAUAAUGACUCGUCCUUAAGAAACCACCCUGACAUAUACAGUGCCCGAGGAGUUGCAGAAAGGACCCCCAGCUUCAUGUACCCCCAGGGCACGGCGAGCAGUCAGAUGGUACUGCGUGGCAUGGACCUCGUGCUGGAGUGCAUCGCCUCCGGGGUCCCAACACCAGAUAUCGCGUGGUACAAGAAAGGUGGGGACCUCCCAUCAGACAAGGCCAAGUUUGAGAACUUUAACAAGGCUCUGCGCAUCACCAACGUCUCCGAGGAGGACUCUGGAGAGUAUUUCUGCCUGGCCUCCAACAAGAUGGGCAGCAUCCGGCACACGAUCUCGGUGAGAGUAAAGGCUGCUCCCUACUGGCUGGACGAACCCAAGAACCUUAUCCUGGCUCCUGGCGAGGACGGGAGACUGGUGUGUCGAGCCAAUGGGAACCCCAAGCCCACCGUCCAGUGGAUGGUAAACGGGGAACCUUUGCAAUCGGCACCACCCAACCCAAACCGCGAGGUGGCCGGGGACACCAUCAUCUUCCGGGACACCCAGAUCAGCAGCAGGGCUGUGUACCAGUGCAACACGUCCAACGAGCAUGGCUACCUGCUGGCCAACGCCUUCGUCAGUGUGCUGGACGUGCCCCCUCGGAUGCUGUCACCCCGGAACCAGCUCAUUAGGGUGAUCCUGUACAACCGGACGCGGCUGGACUGCCCGUUCUUUGGGUCUCCCAUCCCCACACUCCGAUGGUUUAAGAACGGGCAAGGCAGCAACCUGGAUGGUGGCAACUACCAUGUCUAUGAGAACGGCAGCCUGGAAAUCAAGAUGAUCCGCAAAGAGGACCAAGGCAUCUACACCUGCGUCGCCACCAACAUCCUGGGCAAAGCUGAAAACCAGGUCCGCCUGGAGGUCAAAGACCCCACCAGGAUCUACCGGAUGCCCGAGGACCAGGUCGCCAAAAGGGGCACCACGGUGCAGCUGGAGUGUCGGGUGAAGCACGACCCCUCUCUGAAGCUCACGGUCUCCUGGCUGAAGGAUGACGAGCCCCUUUACAUCGGAAACAGGAUGAAGAAGGAGGACGACUCCCUGACCAUCUUUGGUGUGGCUGAGCGAGACCAGGGGAGUUACACAUGCGUUGCCAGCACUGAGCUGGACCAAGACUUGGCCAAGGCCUACCUUACUGUGCUAGCUGAUCAGGCCACUCCAACUAACCGUUUGGCUGCCCUGCCCAAAGGUCGGCCGGACCGACCCCGGGACCUGGAGCUCACCGACCUGGCCGAGAGGAGCGUGAGGCUGACGUGGAUCCCAGGGGACGAUAACAACAGCCCCAUCACAGACUACGUCGUCCAGUUCGAAGAGGACCAGUUCCAGCCGGGGGUCUGGCAUGACCAUUCCAAGUUCCCGGGCAGCGUCAACUCCGCCGUCCUCCAGCUGUCCCCAUACGUCAACUACCAGUUCCGGGUCAUUGCCAUCAACGAGGUGGGCAGCAGCCACCCCAGCCUCCCCUCCGAGCGCUACCGAACCAGCGGGGCGCCCCCUGAGUCCAAUCCCGCCGACGUGAAGGGAGAAGGGACCAGAAAGAACAACAUGGAGAUCACGUGGACGCCCAUGAAUGCCACCUCUGCCUUUGGCCCCAAUCUGCGCUACAUCGUCAAGUGGCGGCGGAGAGAAACCCGAGAGACGUGGAACAACGUCACAGUGUGGGGCUCCCGCUACGUGGUGGGGCAGACGCCUGUCUACGUACCCUAUGAGAUCCGGGUCCAGGCUGAAAAUGACUUUGGGAAGGGCCCUGAGCCAGACACUGUCAUCGGCUACUCCGGGGAAGAUUAUCCCAGGGCUGCGCCCACUGACGUUAAAAUCCGAGUCCUGAACAGCACAGCCAUCAGCCUUCAGUGGAACCGCGUCUAUCCCGACACGGUGCAGGGCCAACUCAGAGAGUACCGAGCCUACUACUGGAGGGAGAGCAGCUUGUUGAAGAACCUGUGGGUGUCUCAGAAGAGGCAGCAAGCCAGCUUCCCCGGUGACCGCCCCCGUGGCGUGGUGUCCCGCCUCUUCCCCUACAGUAACUACAAGCUGGAGAUGGUUGUGGUCAAUGGGAGAGGCGAUGGGCCUCGCAGUGAAACCAAGGAGUUCACCACCCCGGAAGGAGUACCCAGUGCCCCCAGGCGUUUCCGAGUCCGGCAGCCCAACCUGGAGACAAUCAACCUGGAAUGGGAUCAUCCAGAACACCCCAAUGGGAUCCUGAUCGGAUAUACUCUCAAAUACGUGGCCUUUAACGGAACCAAAUUAGGAAAGCAGAUAGUGGAAAACUUCUCUCCCAAUCAGACCAAGUUCACGAUGCAAAGAGCAGACCCCGUGUCGCGCUACCGCUUUACCCUCAGUGCCAGGACGCAGGUGGGCUCUGGGGAGGCAGCCACAGAGGAGUCACCAGCACCCCCGAACGAAGCUACUCCAACCGCAGCUCCUCCCACGUUGCCCCCGACUCCGGUGGGUGCGACGGGCGCUGUGAGCAGUACUGACGCUACUGCCACCGCUGCCACCACCGAAGCCACCACAGUCCCCACCAUCCCAGGUGUCGCACCUACCACCAUCGCCACCGCCACCACCACCACCACCGCCGCCACAACUACAACCACUGCCGCCGCCGCCGCCACCACGGAGAGGCCUCCCGCCACCACCUCCGGGACUAAGAUGCCCGAAUCCGCCCCCGACAGGCAGUCCAUAUGGAACGUCACGGUCCUCCCCAACAGUAAAUGGGCCAACAUCACCUGGAAGCACAAUUUCGGGCCCGGAACUGACUUUGUGGUUGAGUACAUCGACAGCAACCAUACGAAAAAAACUGUCCCUGUUAAGGCCCAGGCCCAGCCUAUACAGCUGACAGACCUCUAUCCCGGGAUGACAUACACGUUGCGCGUUUAUUCCCGGGACAACAAGGGCAUCAGCAGUACCGUCGUCACCUUUAUGACCAGUACAGCUUACACCAACAACCAGGCGGACAUCGCCACCCAGGGCUGGUUCAUCGGGCUCAUGUGCGCCAUCGCCCUCCUGGUACUGAUCCUGCUCAUUGUCUGUUUCAUCAAGAGAAGUCGAGGUGGCAAGUAUCCAGUGCGAGAAAAGAAGGAUGUUCCCCUUGGCCCUGAAGACCCCAAGGAAGAGGAUGGCUCCUUUGACUACAGUGACGAGGACAACAAGCCCCUGCAGGGCAGCCAGACGUCCCUGGACGGCACCAUCAAGCAACAGGAGAGUGACGACAGCCUGGUGGACUAUGGCGAGGGUGGCGAGGGGCAGUUCAAUGAGGACGGCUCCUUCAUCGGCCAGUACACGGUCAAAAAGGACAAGGAGGAGACAGAGGGCAAUGAAAGUUCGGAGGCCACGUCACCUGUCAACGCUAUCUAUUCUCUGGCCUGAUGGAGCCCCUCCGCCCAGGGCACAGCCACUACUUUGCAAGUGGGAGGAGGGGAGAGGGGGAGAUGAAGCCACUACAGACCUGCCACACAGCCACCACCACCUUCAGGGACAAGGGUACCACGUGGGGGUCUGCCAAGCUGUGAGGACCAGUGACCACCCAGCCAACCACAAGCCCCCUCCCGCUGACCCCCCCUGCACCCCCGAGGUGCCACCAUGUGGGAGAGCUAGAGUCCUGGCUAAGCUCAGCUGGAGGGACCCCAGCCCUUUGCUCAGCUUCACAGCCACCUUGAGCCUUCCACCCCCACUGCCCGCCCUUGACCUUGGCAUACACACUCACCAGUUUCUGUUGGUUACGGCCCUUUGCGUUGUCUUUGUUUUUGCUUUGUGCAUCUUCCCCGCCUCCCCCCCCCCCCCCCCCCAGACCCAGCGUCUCCAUUUUCUUUUCCUGGUGAACAAAUGUCCCUGGAUGAGGAAAGAAUGAGUGGAUUCUCCCCCCCCCAGAGAGGCAGAAGGAAUCGAUCUGUAAAAGAACAGACAGAAAAGCUGUAGUAUUCAAACCACCACUGGGCCAAUGUAUUUCCGAAGGAUGCCUUUCUCGCCAUAUGCCUCCCCUUGCCCCCAACCCGUUCGCCUUGGCCUUGUCAGUUGCUGAGCUGGGCUUGGCUCCUUUCUGGAAAAUGACAGUAUUUUUGGCAGGGAGAGAGUGGGCAGGCCGCCUCGCCUCGCUCUGGGUCACUUGGGAGGUGGGCUUACCUCUUGCUCCUUGCUCUCACCCUGCCCCUUCCUCCAGAGCGUCCAAGACAAGAACCGCACUGACUCUGAAGAAGGAGUUUGAGGAACAGGAGUGGGCGCUGAUGGGAAAGACUUCAACUCCAGUGACCGUGUACCUCAAGCAGAAGAAAAUCGGGCGUCCGGUCCCUGGGGAGCUGGGCUCACCUCCAGAGAGAAGAAAAGGACUGGGUUUCGACAUCCUUCCUCCCCAUCAGUGAAACCCAGGAUGUGGGAGAGGGGACCUGGCCCGCUGCGUGGAGGGCAGAGGGCGCCCCCCGCCACCUGGUCGGGGAUCUCCACCGCUGUCCUCACAGAGAUGGGACCACGUGACGCAAAAGCUUUGCUGGUGUGUUUGGGGGUGACAGGUGGUGCUCCCCCUUUCGCCUCUAGCAGAUAGCAUCUCGCUCAAUUCUGUACGAUGCUGAAACCGGUGUUUUACACGGUGUGUGGAUGGGGCCCGGCUGCCCCUGAGACUGAACCAGUGUGUCCUUUCCUUGGGGUAUUUACAUAUCAGGAGAGCCCGUGGGAACACCGCGCUGACAGUGCUGUAGAGCCUGGCCUGGGGACUCCGCGCCCUUCGUAUGCCUUAUGCAGCUCUGAUUCCGGCCCUGCAGUUCCCAGGUUCCCAGCCCCUCCCUGCAAGCCUUGAAGCCUCCAGCAACGUCUGUCUCAAGGAGACCGGGGCGGCCUAUGCGAGCAUCACAGCAGAACCAGAAGCAGCCGCUCGACACGUGCCCUGCCACCCGUGGCCCCAGAUGGAGACCCUCGCGGACCGCAGUUCUCAGAGACCGAAGGCUCUGCCUUCGUCCUCCCCACCUAAUCCGUUUUUGAAACCAAAGGUACCUAGCCUCAGAGAGAGAUCUUGAGCCUAAGAGCAGCCCGGUAGCUGUGGCUGCAGCUAGAGUCGGUUUCGGGAGGGUGAGGCUGACCCCUAGGAAUGGCCACACGCACAGCGUCCGAUUAGAGCCUCCAGCUGCUUGCCGGGGGGGCAGCCUGGGCAGGAACAGGGCUGUGUCCUUCAGAGAACUUAUUAAACCAUCGUCUGCCACACGUUCAAGCCACAAAGGUAUUAGCACUGCUUGCAUCACUUAAUAAGCAGUCAGUGAGGGUCAAGCCCAUAGACACACACACUCUGUCUGCAGGUGAGAAAUCAUAGCCUAGAGCUGAGCCAAUUACGCUAUUUGAACCCGAGGGCAAGUAGCUGUCCUUUGGCCCAGGCCGUGGCCAGGCUUGCAGCCUAGGAGCCCGGGGGGCAGCCCUCUCGUGGUGAAAGGGGACAGGGUGAAUAACGGGGGGCUAGGAGUGAGCUCAGGGGCCCCCUCCCCUGGCUUUCCUCCGUCACCUGCCUGGAUACAGCGGGGCAUGCCUGCAGCGUCUGCCCAGAGUCCCUCAAGGGAACGUCAGGGAAGAGUGCCUGCGAACUGAAUUCAAAGACAAGCCUUUCCAGAAAACACUCUGGAUCUGAGCAGACUAGCCCGUUUCUCAGGCCCUCAUUCCAUGUUGCACCGAAAGCAGGCCUGUAGGGCGGGAGGACCGUGCGAUGUCCCGUGACUGCCGCACAGCCGGUGACCGCAGAAGGGCUUGUGCUGCCACGGGGUCUUGGGGAGAGAGGAUUCCCUUAGCUGUCCGCUCCUCGUUUGUGUCCCGCCAGCUCUGAGCCAUCCCCCUCCGCGUAGGAAGGCAGGGCCAGCAGCCGCUUUGAGAGGCUGUCGUGCUGGGAAUACUGAACGCUGCCCGCACUGCCGCCCGUCACAGCCCUCCCGGCAGGCAAGAGCCAGCCUGAGCCCGGGGAACCCGUUCUCCCCAGGCAGAGAUACUGAGGCGUGUGGAUUGCAGGGUUAGGGAGCAGCCCUCGCGGGAAAAGGGAGCCCAGAGUGGAGCCCACCCAGCUCAGCAGGAAGGCAGUGUGGCCCAGCGCUCCCUGCCAGCCGGGGCUCUCGAGCGACCACCUGCAAACGUACCAACCACGAGGCAGUGCUUCCACGGUGCUUCCGCCUGCCUGGCUGUUGGGGGUGGGGGGUGGGGGAAGUGUGGGUCAUCUUGCAGCGACCCUAGAAGUCCCACCGCCUGAGCUGCCGUCCCACCUGCAGUACUCAGCCGCAGGAGCUGUGGCCUUCCUCGUGUGUCCGUUCGUGGGCUCCAGGUAGUCUCGAACAUCCAGUCUGAGCUGGGCUCUGAGACCUGGAGAGGGUACCAUGGUGAAUAGUCAGAGGCAGCGCCCGCCUCACAAGGCUGACAGUCCACAGUGGGCACUGAUCUGGAGCAUGACGAAUGCUUAAGCCACUAGCGGCUCCAGGCUCAAAGGGAGAAGCUUCAGAGAGAGCGCAUGGCCCUGGGGACCACGUAGACCUCAGGACCAGGAUGGUCAGAGACCACAGGGUGGGGUUCAGGACCAGUACCGCUUCCCGAGCCUCUUUGAGGUGCCCUUGGGGGCAAGUUGCUUGACUUGUCUGUAAUUUUGGUGCCGCCGUCUCCCAUAUUUAGUCCCGCCUUUAAAUACCUGUCCCCACCAAGGGGCAAGGGCCCACCUGAAGGGGCAGGACGGCCAGUGCCGGAGGAGGCACGUUGCAGGGCCGGGGGACAGCUGCCUCCCACCUCGCCUGGGUUCGGGUGAAGGGGACCCGCCUUUCCUUACCUUGCUUUGAGGAGAUGGUUAUGGUUAGGUUAAGGGAAAACCAGACUAGCUCUUUCCCGUUCCAUUUGUCUUUGCCCUGGGAGGUUGGAGGCAUCUGGUCCACCCCCCUCCUGGCAAGUCCCAACGUCUGGAGAAGUGUCCACCUGUCCAAGAAGCAGCCAGUGCCAACACCGUUCACCCUGCAAGGGGUAUCUGCAACCUGGGCCGGAUACGGCUUUCGUAGUCGCCCUGAACACAGCCUGAGAAAAGGGCCGGAAACAGAUCUGAGUCUUUUUGUGGAUGGUCCAGCUGAGGGGACCGCCUGCCCUGCGCACACCCAGCAGCCACGCCCGGGCAUGCCCACGCCUGGCGCGCGCACAGAGCAAGGUGGCACUUUCAGAGGGAACGCUAUGGAUUAUGACAUUGCCUUAGCGUGAGUUCACACCCUGGCCCGCUUGAGAUGAGAUGUGAAGUGUGGGUACGAUCGACGCUCAGGGCAGGGGGAGGGGGGCCGCCCAGGUUGGACCCCGUUUGGGUGACUCCUGCAGGCGGAAUUGAGAAGGGGUCUGACCCAAAGGAGAGGGCACCUUCCCCAGAAGCAGUAUGGGCAGCGGCUCUUUAAGGCUCCUGGAGCCCCUUGCAGGACCAGAUCCAAGCCACAGAGAGUCACAAACAGCCCACAGGACGGAAGCAGUGGAACACUUUGCCUCAGUCUUUGCAAGGCUGCUUGACUAACACAGAAGAGGUGGGGCUCCCCAGGCUCUCGGUCAGCAGGGCCGGUGCCAGAGAGUCACUUCUCGGUGGGAGGGCACUGGAGGCUGGCACAGGGCCUGCUCCCCCUUGGUGACACCUUGUGCUCACCACUCCUGCAGCCCCUGCCGAACACACACAGCUCUGCUAGGAAGAAAUCACCUGGAGGAUCCUGGUGGAGCGUUGCAUGGUGGCUUAGGAGAAGCAUGUAGGGAGGUCCCUGAUUUCAAAAAAAAAAAAAAAUCAGAGGAGUCAAAUGAAUGAAUGAAAAACCUUGAAAUGUCAGGAGUAGACCGUGCGUGCCCUAGGCAGAGCCGACCUCCUGGGCAGCCCCAUCCCUUACACCAGGCAGGGUCCAUCCCAUGGGAGUUUAGACCAACCUUCCAGCUGUCGCUGGCCCGUUCAGCCCAAGCCAGGCCAGCACACUUCCUUCUCCCCCUUGUUGAGAACAGCCUUCCUGAGACAGGUUCAGAGAAGGAUCAGCAGGAAAGGACAACCAUGCAGGGAAGCCACAAGACCCCACCAGACAGUGUCUCAAGCCACACCCCAAAUCAGCGCACCUCUAUCAACAUGUUAGCAUUAAAUAGAAGUUCUGGAAUGAUGAGGGUGGCAACGAAGUAGGUCCCAAGGUGAGUAGUUUUGGUAGCUUCAGAUUUCAGCAUGCAAAGGAAUCACAGAGCUGAUCUAAUGGAAAUGACUCAUUGUACAGACAAGGACACUAAAAUCCAGGGAUGGGAAGGCGCUGGCCCAAGGUCACAUGGCUGGUAAAUCAGGGUGAGGGUAGGGCUUGAACUCAGGCCUUCUGACUCCUUGUCCAGGGUUCCUUCAUCUCACCGCAGCUGCCUCCUUGGAAAUAGAGGUGUAACUUAACAUCCUUCCCGCUGGUUCGCUCUCCGUACCUCUUAUCACUUCUGCGUUGCCCGUACGCCUCCCAAAAUGAAAGACACAAAGGGUUUUUCUGAGGCCAAGAUCAGUCAGUCUGUGGCAGCCUGCGGUGAAGCCAGCUGCGCCGUUAAGGCCCGACCCAGGCCAGGAGAGAGUGACGAGCUGACUGGCGUUUGUCACUGUGAAGUCUAGACUGUACUCUAGAGUGGUUAUCUCUUGUUUCAGGACACUUGGGGCCCGCAGCAUCCUGUGUCCCUCGGGCACUCUCUCCGCCGGGCUCUCGGCCACGGGGUGCUGAGGGAUCCGCUGGGCCGGAGUUCAGCACAUAUAAAGACUUCAGUGAAGCAAUAAACACAAAAAUCUGGGAGAAGAAAUCCAGACUUUUGUGCCCUACUCUGUUUCUUUUUCAAAAACGAUGCCGAUUGGAUGGCCCUGCCCCUGUUCUUUUGUUCUGAUCUUCAAAUUCGACGUCCUCAGUCAGUGUUGUCCCUCUGCCCAGCUCCCAGCUCUUUGCCAACUCACACUCCUCCUGAGCUGAGCAUCAGUCGCCUGUGACGUGGCCGCCUUCUGUCCUGGUCCUGCCCUCCCCCCCAACCCACGCUGGCCCCAGAGGACCUUUUGCCCCGCCUCUCCCAGCACACGCCCCCUCCCACAACCAUUCCAAGUUGUUCCUUUCGGUGGGCAUAUAUUUUCCCAACAAUUCCAUGCCUUCCCGCGUACCCGCACACCUGAUCUUUUUUCCAUUGGUUAAAUAUUUAACUCUCCAUGGCAGACCUUGUUUUAACCCCUCUCACAUCAUGUUCUUUCCUUUUUGCGAGUUAUUUUGCAUUAACCAACAUUGUCAGCGACAGAUGCGAAUCUGAGGGUGUCACGCGUGACCUUCAGCAGGGAAGACUUCCGGGCCGUGGAGGACCAUCUAAUACGUGGACUUAUAAACUGACUGCAUGAGCAAUGAAAAGGCCAAAUUAUUCAGAAUUUUUUUUUGAAUCACUGUAAAAAAAAAAACAACUGAUUUCUUUUGUAUAGAGAACACUAAACGUAUAAUAAAAGUUGUUCAAAAUGGA